AUGUCUGACAAGCUUGUGUGUGUUAGUGAUUAUGAGCUUCAGGCCAAAAAACAUUUACCAAAGGCAAUCUUUGACUAUUAUUCAUCAGGAGCAGAUGAGCAGCAAACUCUACGUGAUAAUACAACGGCCUUCUCGAGGUGGCGUAUUUACCCUCGUGUUCUCAGAGAUGUGUCCUCGGUGGACAUGUCCACUACAGUUUUGGGUCAGCGAGUCAGUAUGCCCAUCUGUGUGGCAGCUACAGCCAUGCAGAAGAUGUCUCAUCCUGAUGGAGAACCGGCCACGGCGAGAGGCUGUGUGUCGUGUGACACGGGGAUGAUGUUGAGCUCGUGGUCCACCUCCACCAUAGAGGAAGUGGCAGAGGCGGCACCCGGAGGCGUGCGCUGGAUGCAGUUGUACAUUUAUAAAGACAGAACGCUGACUCAGUCUCUGGUCAGGAGGGCUGAAGACGCCGGGUAUAAGGGUAUCUUUGUCACUGUGGACACACCUUAUCUUGGCAGGAGACGGGAUGACGUGCGCAACCGAUUUAAGCUGCCCUCUCAUUUGAGAAUGGCCAACUUCGACUCGCCUGAUUUAGCGUUCUCCUCAAAAGAGGGUUACGGGAAGGACAGCGGCCUGGCGGUCUACGUGGCGCAGUCUAUAGAUCCCACAGUGAAAUGGGACGACAUCGCUUGGCUCAAGACCAUCACCUCUCUGCCCGUGGUGCUCAAAGGGAUUUUGAGAGCUGAAGAUGCCAGAGAAGCGGUGAAAUAUGGUGUGGCUGGAAUACUUGUGUCAAACCACGGAGCAAGACAACUCGAUGGAGUUCCAGCCACCAUUGACGUCUUGCCUGAGAUCGUGGAGGCCGUGGAGGGGAAGGUGGAGGUCUUUCUGGACGGAGGCGUGCGCACGGGUACAGACGUGCUGAAAGCUCUGGCGCUAGGGGCCAAAGCUGUGUUUGUAGGGCGACCCAUCCUGUGGGCACUGGCCUGUGAGGGUGAUAAAGGUGUCAGUAAUGUGCUUGAGUUACUGAGAGAAGAACUUCACCGAGCGCUGGCCCUCACAGGGUGUCGUUCACUGAAUGAAGUCGAUGGAUCUCUUGUGAGGAGAUCUGCGCUCGUUUCAAAGAUCUGAGAGAAACUGCUGCAUGCCUGCAAAUACUUGAACCGUGUUAUUCAAAUAAACCCAGCGAUGACCUGACCUUCGUAGACUCAGUAAUUCAUG